CCGUACUCUUAACGUAAACUAAAAUGGCAGCUUGAUCGCGUGGUGCAGGAAUUGUUUUUAUUAAAAAAAAAAGAAUAUUACCAACCAAAAGUGAAUUAACGGCUACAAUUUUAUUGUAACAAAAUAUCUGUACUAGAAUGGCUAAACCUAUGCAUUCCAGCAAAAGAAUGACUUGUCGAAAGAAGUAUAAAAUCAUUAAAAAGGUCAAGGAACAUAACAGAAAGCUUAGAAAGCAGGAAAAAGCUAAUGCAAAUAGAAGGGCACCAAAAGAUCCUGGCAUUCCAAAUCUGUAUCCUUUUAAAGAACAAAUGUUGAAGCAAAUUGAGGAGAAGAAACGAAAGGAAGAAGAGAUGAAGAAGAAAAGGAAAGAAUCCAAAAAGAAAGAUGUAUCACGAAAGCGAAAGUUGGAAGAUCUGCAAAAGGAUGCAGAAAAACGAGCCAAAUUAUUUGCCAAAAAACAAGCCAAUAACUCUGCUGAUCAAUUUGGGGACCCUAAGUCUGGUCCAAUUGAAUCAUCCCGUAAAUCUUUUUAUAAAGAGUUCAAAAAAGUGGUUGAGCUUUCUGAUGUUGUCAUUCAAGUUUUAGAUGCAAGAGAUCCGAUAGGCUGCAGGUGUCCUCAACUAGAGGAAUUAGUUAUGACCUCUGGUAAAAACAAGAAGAUUGUGCUUUUAUUAAAUAAAAUAGACUUGAUUCCCAAAGAUAUUGUUGAAAAAUGGCUAAAGUACUUGCGAAGUGAAUUCCCAACCGUUGCGUUUAAAGCUUCCACCCAGACACAACGGCAAAAAUUGGCACAAUCAAAAGUUCCAACCAGCAUGGCAUCUAGUGACUUAUUGCAAAGUAGCAGUUGUAUAGGAGCUGGCACUCUUCUUAAAUUGCUCGGUAACUACUGUCGCAGUGCCAACAUCAAAACAACCAUCACAGUCGGUAUUGUUGGUUUCCCUAAUGUCGGCAAAAGCAGUGUCAUUAACAGCUUGAAGCGAUCAAAAGCGUGCAGUGUCGGAUCUACACCAGGUGUCACGAAAAACAUGCAGGAAGUCCAGUUAGAUCACCACGUUAGAUUGUUGGAUUGUCCUGGUAUUGUUAUGGCAACAGGAUCAUCAGAUACACAAACGAUUCUUCGAAACGCUGUCAAGGUUGAAACUCUGGAAGAUCCGAUUCAACCAGUGGAGGCUAUUUUGAGUCGUUGCAACAAAGAGCAAGUGAUGCGAAAAUACUGCGUGGGGGAUUACAGUGAUGCGGUGGAAUUCUUGACGUUGUUUGCGAAACGAUUGGGAAAGUUGAAGAAAGGUGGAGUGCCAGAUCAGCUUGCUGCAGCUAAAGCUCUCCUGCAGGAUUGGAACAAUGGAAAAAUUACAUUUUACACUCAUCCACCGGAGCGUUCUCUGGGAGAUGGCGCUGAAACCACUGUGGUGCAAUAUUGGGGCGCUGGAUUUGAUAUAAAAGCAUUGGAGAAAGAAGAAAAAAAUGAUUUGAGUGGGCUUUUAAGUGCGAUGGGUACUGCACUUGUUCUUGACCCUGGUAAACCCGUUGCCAUGGAGGCUGAAGAUAUCGAGUCCGGAGAUGACGCUGAGGUUAGCGAUAACGACGAUGAUGAAGAAGAAGAAAUGGUGAACAGUGAUGAGGAGGUCACAAUACAGAACACAGUAAUUUCUAUGAGGACGAGAAGUAAAACAAACGAAAAGGUUAAAGAGAAAGAGGAGAAGAAGAAGGUGACAUUCGAUGACGAAGUCAACGUACAAAUCAACAAAAAGAAAAAAAAGGCUUUUAAAAGUAAACAAAAAGAAGAUAGGAAAAGAAUGAACAAGUUGUUGAGUGAGGAAGACAAUAAAAUGGAAGAUCAUGAUGAUGAUGCGUACGAUUUUAACGAAGUUUUGAAAUAGUGACUCUACAGUUACAUUUUAUUUUUAUUCAUUAUCCUCUCUCCAUAAAUGCGGCUAUAUAAACUGUCUAAAAUAUAUAUUUUUAAAGCUUGAGUUUAUAAGUACGAAUAGAAUGUUAUGUGUU